GACGAUAAUUCUAAAUAGUUGUGUGUGCGAUAACUUUAGUACCUAUUGUGUAUAUGUGUGUAGUCAGUACGACUGUACAUUACUAAUUAGUAACUACUGACAGACGCAUCAUUUAAAGGAAAAUUCUGGUUACUGAACACAAGCUACGAGAUUUUAUUAGGAAUCGAACCCAUAAUACCAGCAUGGUGUUGUUACCAGUUGUAUUAUAUUUUUUGUUGAGCUUUCACAUUUUAAAUGCUUCGAACGAAAAUGAUGUGCAAAACCAAAAUGUUACUAUUUCAUUGCAUUCUCACAAUAAUAAUUAUUCUGGAGAUUAUGAUAUUACAACAAUUUAUAGAUUCAAAACUAUAUUACGUUCGCCGACUAAGUGUUCAAUAAUAAAACAAAAAGAAAACGAAUUUUCAUCUUGCCCACUUGAACGAAAAAAUUGGGGACGCCUUUGUACAAUAGAAAUACAUUCAAGGACAAAUGCCAUUGGGAUACCGUUGUCAACAAACGCAACAAUUUAUGAUAAUAAUUCAACGUCGGAAAAUGUCUUGCAAAUAAAUAUUGCUGAGUUGCAUAAAUAUGGAUUUAUUCAAAAUAAUAGUCGUAUGAGCGUUUAUUUUAAUUCAAAUUACUGGAAACGAUCAGCUAUUGAAACUACGGGAAAAGAAUGCAAUCUCGAAUCUACUGCUACUAGUACUCCUACAACGAAUACAGAAUAUAAGUUAAAUAAAUGUAUGGAAACAUUAGAGUAUAAAUAUGAAACACAUUACUAUCCAUACUAUGCAAGUGAUAAUGUUCAUCAAACGUUUCUCACGGUUUAUUGGACGCCAAAUAAAAAUCAAAGUUGCUUAUCAAUUACGUAUUUUCAUAAUUUAAAUUCUGAUAUGGAAAUCGUCCUGAGUGUAUCAAAUGAAAAUGACACAAUAAUAGCAUCACCAAUAUUAGAAAAAAAUGAUAGUAUAACAACGUUAAAAGUUGAAAACAUGAACCUUAUUCAAGAUCAAGAAUAUAAACUGUCAUUAAAAAGGAAAUAUGGUAAUAUGCGUUACUAUUACGGAUACAAUAGCAAUUUUGGAAAUUGGUUUGAACUCUUACGGAUUGCCCAAUGUCCAAAUAAUGAUGAAGAAGAAGUCAGACUUGUUUCUAUGGAUGAUAUUGGUGAUAAUUGGUGUAAACCCCAAAAACCUUUCAUUAUACUGGGAAAUGAUGAAGAAGAUGUUAGACCUAUUUCUAUAGAUAGAACCGUUAAUUGGAAUAGUUGUUCAAGCCUUACCAAUCAAAAAUUUAAAAAAGUCUUAAAUGUUAAAAAUAAUAAUUGCAACAAAAACUCAACAUCAUCAACAAAAUCUUGUUUAAAUGGAGGUUACAUACUACCAACAAGAUCAGCGUGCGUUUGCCCGCCUGGAUUUAUAGGACAAUUUUGUGAAAUAGGAUGUGGAUCAAAUCGUUAUGGAGCCGAUUGUAAAGGUGUUUGUUCGAUGCAUGCCAAUGAAAUGUGUCGCGGAUUGUUGAUGUGCACAAAAUAUUAUGGCUGUACAUGUCCAGUAGGUCUAACUGGCGAAUUGUGUGACGAAGAUUGUCCACCGGGUACAUAUGGCGCGAAUUGUAAUCAAAGAUGUUCAUCAAAUUGUCGUAAUAAUACUUGUGAUCAAUAUACCGGCAUCUGCUAUUAUGGAUGUUCACAAGGAUAUUUACCACCGUAUUGUUUACAAAAGUAUCCAUACCUUAUUAAUCCACCAAGACUUAUUUCGGAUGAAUACGAGGCAAUAGAGAUGGAAUUGAAUUUCGAAUCAAAAAAUAUAAAAGGAGGAGAUAAUACUAUAAAGUUAAAAUAUUAUCAAAUAUUUUACAAAUCAAAAACUGAAGAGGAAUUCACAAAAACUGAAUUUAAAAUUAUAAAUGAAAAUAAUACUAGAACCACUGAUAUUCUAAGCAAUUUAGAACCAGAUACCACUUAUAUAAUCGGUGUUCUGGUUAUAACAGACGAUGGCAACUUCAACGACAAAGAUAUAGUUUAUGAUCAAUAUAAAACAUCAUGUAUCCAACCUGAGGUUUCUGAUUAUAACAUUCAAUUAAUCAGUGGCAUAAAGAGUGUCAACGUAAGAUGGGAUAGAAUACAUAUAAAACGAUUAGAAUGCAAUAUAAUUAAAUAUAUACUAACGUUAACACUCAACAAAUCAAAAAAUAAAAUGUCGGGCAUUGAAGAAAUAGAAUCAAGUUCUGAUAAUGGCCACUUAAUAGAAAAUCUUUAUCCCGGAUACAAUUAUAGUAUAUCCCUGACUCCUAAGACUAAUAAAGGACCAAUGAUGUCGUCGCCAAUUUAUUCAUUUACUCCCCUAAUAACAAAAAAUGACGUCAGUAUUAAAGAUAUUAUUGCAACCACGGAUGAUGAUAAAAUUAAAAUAUUCUGGAAAUUAAAAAAUGUUUACCAACAGGACACAAUAGUCAAUGAACCUUUUACGUAUGUUGUCAAAUUUAAACUACAACGAAUUCUUAGUUGUUCUUUGGAAAAUUUAAAAAACGAUUGGACAUCAGUAAUUAUUUCCAAUCGAACGAACUAUGAAAUAUUCGAUGUGAUUCCUAAUGCACAAUACUGUAUACAAGUUCAAAUUGCUAAUGAUAACAUUAAUAUUCAACAAGAAACCCAAAUUUGCGCAUUAACACAAUCAUCCAAACCAACAAUUGAACCUGUUCUUGACCAUAAACACCCAAUAAAUGUAACGAACAGCUCUGUGUUUAUCCAAUGGAAAAUCGAUCCCGAAAAUUGUUCAAAGUUAAAUGGAUUCUUAUCAACGUUUUAUAUUGAAUUAAAGGAUAAAGAAAAUAACAUAUUACAAGUAAAUGAAACGAAAAACAACUACAUUUACAUUAAUGAUCUGAAAUCGAAUAAUUAUUAUGAACUGAAAGUUUUUAUAAAAACACACAUUGGAUAUAAUCCUGAACAUUUUCUGUUUACAAAUUUUACUACUAAAACAAGAUAUUUAACACCAGUCGAUGACUUAGUAGUUUAUAAAAAAAGUCUUAAAUAUCGAUUAGUGGGGCUUCGUUGGUAUUAUAUAGAAGAUGCAAGUUUAGAUGGAUUUAUAAUUUCAAUGAAUGAAGACACUUUUGGAAACGAAAACAAAGUUUCAGUGAUCACCCCAACUAAAUGUUCCGCUUGGCCAAAAUACUAUUGCUAUAUUUAUCGUGAUUUGAGCCCUACAAACAACUUUACUUUCAAUAUAAAGCCAAAGUCGUUAGAUUAUCCUGAAGGUGGCCCAGUGUCGUCUAUUUCAUUUAACAUAAACGAUGAAAUGCCAGAUCCACCAACUGAAUUGAAAAUUUCUGACAUUGGUAACACUUUUAUAUCUCUCCAGUGGGAUAUUCCAUGGAUAUUUAAUGGCAUACUGAAAAUGUUCAUUAUUAACGUAGAAGAAAUAUCAUACGAAAAUUUGAGUGUGUUUUCACCAGUUCAGACAACAGAAUAUCCAAUUUAUAAAGAAGAACCUUCUUAUAAUUAUACGCUCGAAAAUCUAAAUCCUGGCUCGACUUAUUCAAUUGCUGUAAUAUCCGUAUCCAAGUCACUAUGGUAUAGUUUACCAUCCAGAAUUGUCACAACAACACUUUUAGAUACUAAAUAAUUAUCAACGUAAUCGAUAUAUUUUUUUAUUAUUAUAAUUAACCUGCAUUCCAUUUAGUAUAUAACAAAUGAAAUCAUAAUAAUAUUUUACAUUAUUUUUCUUUGUAAUUUAUCUAAUAUUAACACAAACCUAUUUGGUUAUUUUAUUAUUAUACCUACUAUUAAUAAGUGCUUUUCUACAUACAUAUUACAAAUAUUUUUUUUUUUAUUUAUACAUUUUACGUAGUUGUGUAGUACCUACAUUUAUACUGAUUUAUAUUGUAACAUGUACCUAGUUGUUACUCGUUAUCUAUAGUGUUUAAAACUUCAAACCAAUGGGGAAACAUUGUACCUUAACAUUUUAAAAUUUAAUUAAUAAGAUCCAUUUGUUUUUUAUAACUCUGUUAUCCAGUAUAGAGAAUGGUUUAAAUUUCAUGGGUAUGAUUAAUUAAUGAAAUUGUAUAAGUCGAUGUACGCACUUAAUUAUUAUUUAUUAUAAAUUUGAAAACAAUGAGAUUCAGUGCACUCAUAAAACAACAGUUUUACAGAAUAGUGUUCACUAUUAGUACAGUGCCCUAGUCUGUAUUUCAUUUUCAAAUAUAAACAAAUAAACAACAAUACUUACAUGGAA